CUUUCUUUUUGAAAGAUUCUAACAUCACAGAACUCAUCUUCUCAUGAAUGAAAAUUCGGGAGCGGCGGUUUCUCCACACUCGCAUGCUCAGGGACACUACCGCUUUGGCGCACGUUAUCCAAUCCUACGCCAAAACGAAGCAAGUCUACAAGGGCAAGCAGCUCCACGCCCAGCUAAUCUGCGCCGGUCGCGAACCAUGCACCUUCCUCACCAACCACCUUCUAAACAUGUAUGCCAAAUGCGGAGAACUCGGUUACGCCUACCGCCUGUUUGACGAAAUGCCUCAACGAAAUAUCGUCUCUUGGACGGCCAUGAUUUCGGGAUUUUCCCAGAAUGGGAGGUUUCCGGAAGCUCUUACGGCCUUCUCCCACAUGCGGGCCGCUGGGGAGAAGCCUACCCAGUUCGCGAUUUCUAGCAUAAUUCAAGUGGCUGCGUUCCUGGGUUCGCUCGAAUUCGGAGAACAGAUGCAUUCGCUUAGUUUGAAAUCGGGUUUGAGUGUCGAACUGUUCGUUGGCAGUAAUCUUGCCGACAUGUACUCAAAGUGUGGUGAUUUGGUCAGUGCCUGCUGGGUUUUUGAUGAAAUGCCGGUUAAGGAUGAGGUCUCGUGGACUGCGAUGAUUGAUGGGUAUUCAAAAAAUGGAAAUUGUGGGGAAGCUGUAUUGGCAUUUAAGAAGAUGCAUGCUCAAGGGAUCACCACUGAUCAGCACGUGUUUUGUAGUGUGCUGAACGCUUGUGGGGGCCUCGAAUAUGCUUCUGAAUUCGGGAAGUCUCUUCAUUCUUGUAUAGUGAAGUUGGGCUUUGAAACAGAGAUUUUCGUGGGCAAUGCACUCACAGACGUGUACUCGAAAUCUAGAGAUAUGGAGAGCGCUUCGCGCGUGUUCGGAUUCAAUUCAGAGUAUAUGAAUGUAGUGUCUUGUACUUCUUUGAUCGAUGGGUACGUUGAAAUGAAUCAGAUUGAUAAGGCCUUGAGUACAUUCCUGGAGUCACGGAGGCACGGGGUUGAACCGAAUGAGUUUACAUUCUCUAGCUUGAUCAAGGCUUGUGCGAGUGAAGCCGCUCUUGAGCAAGGGUCCCAGCUUCAUGCCCAAGUGAUCAAAACACAUUUUGAUGAUGACCCAUUUGUUUGUUCUGUUCUUGUUGAUAUGUAUGGGAAAUGUGGGCUGAUAGACUCUUCAAUUAGGGUGUUUGACGAGAUCUCUGACCCAACUGAGAUCGCCUGGAAUUCGAUGAUUGGUGUGUUUGCUCAGCAUGGUUGCGGCAAGGAGGCUAUAAGAGUCUUCGAUCGGUUGGUUACUAGAGGAAUGAGACCAAACGAGAUUACAUUUGUCAGUCUUUUGAUGGCAUGUAGCCAUGCCGGACUUGUAGAAGAAGGAUUGGGUUUUUUUAAUUUGAUGCAAAAGGCAUACCGAAUAGAGCCUAGGCAAGAGCACUACUCAUGUAUCAUUGAUUUGCUGGGCAGGGCUGGGAGGCUUGAAGAAGCAGAGGCAUUUAUAAGCCGAAUGCCAUUCGAGCCAAAUGCUUUUGGAUGGUGUUCAUUGCUUGGGGCAUGUAGGACCCAUGGUGAUAAGGAGCGAGGUGAGCUCGCAGCAACGAAGCUGAUGAAACUGGACCCCGAUAACAGUGGGACCCACGUCUUACUCUCGAACAUCUAUGCGACGGCAGGCCAGUGGGAGGAUGUGAGAAGUGUGAGGAAGAUGAUGAGGGACAGCAGGGUGAAGAAACUGCCUGGAUACAGUUGGGUUGAUGUGGGCAACAAGACCCAUGUGUUUGGAGCUGAGGAUUGGUCCCACCCUCAAAAGAGGGAGAUAUAUGAGAAGCUUGAAAGCCUUUCUAAUGAGAUAAAGGGAGUUGGGUAUGUUGCUAAUGUGGACCGUCUUUCAUGCAAUUUGGAAGAGAGCUUAAAGGAGAGGAUCCUUCAUCAUCACAGUGAGAGGAUUGCUGUUGCAUUUGCAUUGAUAAGCAUGCCUGUUGGGAAGCCUAUCAUUGUGAAGAAGAAUAUAAGGGUGUGUUUGGAUUGCCAUACUUAUAUCAAAUUCAUUUCUAAGAUGGUUGGGAGGAAGAUCAUUGUGAGGGACAACAGUAGAUUCCAUCAUUUUGUAGAUGGGUUGUGUUCAUGUGGAGAUUAUUGGUGAUUUCUUGUCUAAUCCUUCAAGAAAGAGUUUCAAGCGAUCUUGGUGAUGAGGGAUUGGGGUGCACUUGAUAGUGGGCCCGAUAGGACAAGGACUGGUAUGAAAUGCCGUUUCACACUGACCACCGGAAACUAAAAUUCAUUUAUUGGCAAUUGGGGAGUCCGAUGUGGUAUCAAGGUUCUUUGUCAGUCUUCUUAGUAUACUCAAUGUGGUGCAUGUCGACCAAUCAGAUGAUGAUAGGAAAGUGCGACUACAAACGGUUCACAAUAUGUUUUUGGCCGAAUCCUUCUUCUCGUUCAUGGUGGCGCAGGAAGAAAUAUCUCCUUCAUGUGCAAGAGUGUGGAGGGCCCUAGCCCUCGAAUGAUUCUUUGUGGCUUAAGAUAAUUUAAAGAAAGCAGAAAUGGCUUUUUCAAACAUGUGCUUCAUGUGUGGGAAGGAUGAAGAGGUGAUUGACCACUUGUUCUUUCAUUGCUUUCUGGCUAGAGAAGUAUGGGCUUUCUUCCUCUCUCUCUCUUUUAGGGGUUGAAUGGUAUAUUAACACUUCAAUUGGAAACACGGCGGUGGACCAUUGGAGGGUUUUAAGGAGUCUCUAUGGAAGAUGUGCUUGUGGGAUCCUAUGGGGAGUGUGGAAGGAGAGGAAAUCUAGAAUCUUUGAGAAUAUCCUUUCAAAGGUUAAGUUAUAAGAAAAAAGGAUUUUCACAUUAUUAUUAAUUGGGCCCUCUCAAGAUGAGAAUUCUGAGGCUGCUCCAAUAUUUUGUAAUUUUCUUUCAUUGUUUUUGCUUAGGCAGGCUUGGUUCCUGAUUGAGAAGAAGGUCACUUGUUUUCUGUAAUGCUCAUCUCUACUAUAUAUAAUGCCAAUGGCUUGGACAUUUUCCCCUUACAA